AUGUGUGGUAUAUUUGGAUAUGUUAAUUUCUUGGUCGAUAAGUCAAGAGGUGAAAUUAUUGACAAUUUAAUUGAGGGCUUACAAAGAUUAGAGUACAGAGGCUAUGAUUCUGCUGGUUUGGCUGUUGAUGGGAGUCUUGUUAAAAGCCAGGAUGGCGAAGAGGAGUACAUGGCUUCAAUAAUUGUCAAGACCCCAGGAAAAGUCAAGGUUUUAAAACAAAAACUCAUCGAUGACGAGAUCGACCGUAGUGCGGUGUUUGACAACCAUGUGGGUAUCGCACAUACAAGGUGGGCCACACACGGUCAACCAAAGACCGAGAAUUGCCACCCUCACCGUUCAGACUCGUCAAAAGCCGAGUUUAUUGUUGUUCACAAUGGUAUCAUCACCAAUUUUGCCGCUUUGAGAAAAUAUCUCGUGUCAAAAGGUCAUCAGUUUGAAAGUGAAACUGAUACCGAGUGUAUUGCUAAGUUGUUCAAACAUUUUUACGACUUGAAUUUACAAGCUGGUGUUUCACCAGACUUUAAUGAGUUGACUAAACAGGUUUUGCAUGAAUUAGAAGGCUCUUAUGGUUUAUUGGUUAAAUCUUAUCACUAUCCAGGGGAAGUUUGUGGUACUAGAAAAGGGUCUCCUUUACUAGUAGGUGUCAAAACAGAUCGUAAGUUGAAAGUUGACUUUGUUGAUGUUGAAUUUGAGACUACUGCUGCUGCGGUGGCGGCAGCCGCAGCCGCAGUUGCUCCUGUUGUCCAACAGCAGCAACUGCAACAUAAGAAUGGCCACUUGUCACCAACCUCUGCUGAUUUGGGCUUUAUUCCUGUGGUUCCAGGCGAACAAAAUUUAAGAACUUCUCAAUCAAGAGCAUUUCUUUCCGAAGACGAUUUGCCAAUGCCAGUUGAAUUCUUUUUGAGUUCUGAUCCAGCAUCGGUUGUUCAACAUACAAAAAAGGUUUUAUUUUUAGAAGAUGACGAUAUUGCUCAUAUUUAUGAUGGUGAAUUACACAUUCAUAGAGCUUCUACCAAGAGUGCGGGAGAAUCAACAGUUCGUCCUAUUCAAACUUUGGAACUUGAAUUGAAUGAAAUAAUGAAGGGUCCUUAUAAGCACUUUAUGCAAAAGGAAAUCUUUGAACAACCAGACUCAACAUUUAAUACCAUGAGAGGUAGAAUUGAUUUUGAGAAUUGUGUUGUUACCUUGGGUGGGUUGAAGGCUUGGUUGCCUACUAUAAGAAGAUGCAGAAGAAUAAUCAUGAUUGCAUGUGGUACAUCGUAUCAUUCAUGCUUGGCAACAAGGUCUAUACUUGAAGAAUUGACUGAAAUCCCUGUUAGUGUCGAAUUGGCAAGUGAUUUCCUAGAUAGAAGAUCACCCGUGUUUAGAGACGAUACGUGUGUUUUUGUUUCACAAUCUGGUGAAACUGCUGAUUCCAUAUUGGCAUUGCAAUAUUGUUUGGAAAGAGGUGCUUUAACUGUGGGUAUCGUCAACUCAGUUGGUUCUUCAAUGUCCAGACAAACACACUGUGGUGUUCAUAUCAAUGCAGGUCCUGAGAUUGGAGUUGCAUCAACAAAGGCAUAUACUUCACAAUACAUUGCCCUUGUGAUGUUUGCUCUCUCCUUAUCAAAUGACUCGAUAUCAAAAGUCAAAAGACACGAAGAAAUUAUAAAAGGAUUACAAAGGAUUCCCGAACAGAUUAAACAAGUACUCAAUUUGGAAUCCAAGAUCAAACAGUUGUGCAAUGAUAAUUUAAACGAUCAAAAAUCAUUGUUAUUAUUGGGUAGAGGUUAUCAAUUUGCCACUGCGUUAGAAGGAGCCUUGAAAAUCAAAGAGAUUUCAUAUAUGCAUUCAGAGGGUGUACUUGCUGGUGAGUUGAAGCAUGGGGUAUUAGCUCUAGUCGAUGAUCAAUUGCCAAUAAUUGCAUUUGCUACCAGAGAUUCCUUAUUUCCAAAAACAAUGUCUGCCAUUGAACAAGUUACAGCAAGAGACGGAAGACCCAUUGUUGUAUGUAAUGAAGGAGAUGCAAUCGUAUCAAACGAUAAAGUGCAUACCACCUUGGAAGUACCUCAAACUGUUGAUUGUUUACAGGGAUUGUUGAAUGUUAUCCCAGUGCAAUUGAUCAGUUACUGGUUGGCUGUGAAUAGAGGUAUUGAUGUUGACUUUCCUCGUAAUUUGGCCAAAUCCGUUACCGUUGAAUAA